GGUUAAUUUGGGCAAUUUUCCGUAACCCACCGCCAUUUAUUUAUCUAGUACUCUUCAGCUUAGCUACGAAUAUAUAAGGAUUCGUAGUUGCUGACUCCGGCGACAUAACCAUCACCAAAUCUUCUCCGAUCCCAUCCGCAUUCCUUCUGAUUCUGCUCCGCCGCGCCUUUUCGGCGAAGAAGACGGUCAAACACUCGAUAGCGAUCCACAUACUUUGAUCCACAGAUUGGAUUCGUUUGAAAGAAGUUGGGAGGAAUUCUUUGUGUAUCAGCGCAAGAUGGAUGGCCGAAGGAGUUAUGUCCCUCCUGCUUAUGUUCCACUAGGCCAGUCUGAUUCAGAAGCGGAGAUCAUUUCCAGAGAUGAGAGCCAGCCCACACCUGAUGAACUUAAGGAUGGGUUAUCACAAUGGUCAUCUGGAAUCUGUGCAUGCUGCGAUGAUAUGCAGAGCUGUUUUAUUGGCCUUUUUUGUCCAUGCUUUCUGUUUGGGAAGAAUGCGGAACUGUUGGGUUCUCGAACGAUGUUUGGGUCAUGUGCAACUCAUUUCAUUUUGUGGGCACUUAUGAAUACAGUCUGUUGCUUAUUAACUGAUGGAGUUUUGUGGAAUGUACCUGGAUGCUUUCUUGCAUGUUAUGCUUGUGGCUACCGCAAGGCCCUACGGUCGAAGUACAAUUUGCCAGAAGCACCUUGUGGAGACUUUGUGACCCACUUUUUCUGCCAUUUCUGUGCUAUCUGUCAAGAAUAUAGAGAGAUUCGGGAAAGAUCAGCUGGUGGAUCUGGUUCCCAUGAGUUGACUCUGGCUGUUGUUACCCCGCCAGUGACACAAACUAUGGAAUCUAACCCGGAAACAUAGGUGCUUCAUGGCUGAAGCUUCCGAGAAAUACCGGUAAUUUAUCAGAUUGCUAGCUUAGCACAGAGUUCCUCUUCUAUUCUCAUGGGAUUUUUCUGAGUUGCUAAUUUUACUCUUCUACUAAAAUGGGAUUCCCCCACCCCACCCCCCUCUUUCGUCUAGUUUAAUACUAGUGUUAGAAAAUCGGUUAUAGUAGUGGUUGAUAAUUUUUUGUUUUGUUUAUUUUUUAUUCUUUUUUUUUUACAUGGAAACAUGAGAUGUAAUGUUUGGUAAGUUGAUAUUUAAAUAUGUUGAUUUUACUGUUUAUUUGAUGCUGCAUAAGGAAAAAAAAAGAAGAAUCAUUAUGUUAGUUUUUUACCUUCAUAGUUUAUAAAUAUAGUUGAUGUUUUAUUAUGAAAGUGGUGGGUGUUUUUUUAGGACAUUACACACGCAUGUAGAAUUUGCCGCUUGUUGAUUGUAAAUCUGUUGCUUCUGCCAACAAAUAGAAUUAAAUUUUAUCAAUCUAUACUGUACAAAAGUACAAUUUUUAAAUAUUCAUGAGUGUUAGCUAAUGCUGGUUGCCCAACUUAUCGACCCAAAACCAAGAUUUGGAAUCCAAAUUUUUGGCUACACCACCUUGAGGUCACCUAACAUAGAAUUGUUUCAAGUUGAACACAUUUAACUUCGGAGUUCUUAUGAUUGAGCCACAAAAAGGUAUGGUGCACUAUGUUAGUAUAAGCUAGUAAUUAUCAAUUCUUUUAAGCUUUUUUCUUAACCAUACUUGCAUAUCUUCCUGAUUUAUCUCAUUUAUAUGUGGUCUCGAUUCAUGAAUGUAACUCUCAUUUACUAAUGUCGCAUGCCUGCAAGGUUUUACCUUGGUUCAUCUUCAAACCAUAUUGUCAUACCCCUCCUAGAUUACCCUUUUAAUCUGGAAAGAGGUGUGAAGAUGGUAGAUAUCAACCCUCUUAUGAUACCCACUGCCAAACCUACUCCUGAAACCUAUCUCCAUUGCUUCUUACUUAUGAGUCAAAUACAAGGUCUUAUAUAUAAGAAAGACCAUCUACCAAAAAGGAGAAAAAAUUAUAGAAUAUUACAAACAUAAAUGAUGAAUGUACACAUAAUAACAAACCAAUAUUACAAGAGAAAAGAAAGGGAAUCCAACACUCCCCCUCAAGCUGGUUUGUAGAUGUCAUCUAUGGCCAGCUUGUUGAGAAGUUUAUCAAAUUGUUUUUUCGAAAGGCCUUUUGUUAACAUAUCUGCUGUUUGUUCUGUCGUUGGAAGAAAAGAUAUGCAUAUUAUACCUGCAUCAACCUUAUCCUUUAUGAAAUGCUUGUCAAUUUCAAUGUGCUUUGUUCUAUCCUAUAGAAUUGACUAUGAGUUAUAGCGAUGACAGUCUUGUUAUCACAAUAAACUCAUAUAGUGCUCUUUUGAGACACUUUCAGCUCUUCAAGGAUCUUGUUGAUCCAUAUACUUCACAAAUUUCAUGGGCUAAGUCUCUAAAUUCUACUUCAGCACUACUUCUGGCUACUACAUUUUGUUUUUACUACGCCAUGUAACUAAAUUUCCUCCAACAAACGAACAAUAGCCAGAAAUAGAUCUUUUAUCAGUAGUGCUUCCAGCCUAAUCUGUAUAAGUAUAUACUUUAACUUGAAAAUGAUCAUGUUUCUGGAAUAAUACA